ACCAUGUCCAAAUUCACUGCCCACUCCGCGGACGACGUCGCCGUCGCCACCAUUCGUGCGCUUGCCGCCGAUGUCGUGGGCAAGGCCAACUCCGGCCACCCCGGUGCUCCGAUGGGCAUGGCCCCCGUCGCUCACGUCUUGUUCACCCGCUUCUUCAACGCUAACCCCAAGAGCUCCAAGUGGUUUAACCGUGAUCGCUUCGUUCUGUCCAACGGCCAUGCUUGUGCGCUGCAGUACAUCCUGCUCCACCUUCUGGGCUACAAGCUGUCCCUGGACGACCUCAAGCAGUUCCGUCAGCUCGGUUCAUUGACCCCUGGUCAUCCUGAAGCCGGCCACACCGACGGCAUUGAGGUCACGACCGGUCCCCUUGGCCAGGGUUUCGCAAACGGCGUCGGUCUCGCCAUUGCGCAGGCGCACCUUGGCGCGACCUUCAACAAGGACGGCUUUGAGCUCAUCAACAACUACACCUACGUCUUCACCGGUGACGGCUGCCUCAUGGAGGGUGUCGCGAGCGAGGCUGCUUCGCUCGCCGGUCACCUGCAGCUCGGCAACCUGAUUGUGAUCUACGAUGACAACCACAUCUCCAUCGACGGUGACACCGCCGUCGCGUUCACCGAGGAUGUCGAGAAGCGUUUCCAGUCAUAUGGCUGGCAGACGCUCCACGUUGACAACGGUGACAGCGACCUCGAGGGCAUCUACAACGCCAUCGCGGAGGCGCGCAAGGAGAAGAGCAAACCCACCAUCGUUCGUCUCCGGACCACCAUCGGCUUUGGCUCUAAGCUACAGGGCACUCACGGUGUUCACGGCGCUCCCUUGAAGGCCGAUGACAUUGUGGCUCUCAAGACCAAGUUCGGUCUUCCCGGAGACCAGUCGUUCUACAUUCCCAAGGAGACUUACGACGCAUACCACGAGGCCGCUACCCGUGGUGCCAAGCUCGAGGCCUCCUGGAACGACCUCCUCGCGUCAUAUGGCCAAAAGUACCCCAAGGAGUACGCCGAGCUGACUCGCCGCAUCUCUGGCAAGCUUCCCACCGACUGGGAGAAGUCGCUUCCCGUCUACAAGGCUUCGGACGAUGCUCAGGCGUCCCGUAAGCUCUCCGAGAUCGUGUUGAGCGCGAUCGUGCCGGUCCUCCCCGAGCUCGUUGGUGGCUCUGCGGAUCUGACUGGUAGCAACCUUACCCGCACGAAGACGAUGAUCGACUUCCAGCCUGAGAGCACCGGUCUUGGCAGCUACAAGGGCACGUACAUCCGCUUCGGUGUACGUGAGCACGGUAUGGGUGCCAUCGCGAACGGUCUGCACGCAUAUGGUGGUAUCAUCCCCUUCGUUGCGACCUUCAUGAACUUUGUGUCGUAUGCUGCAGGUGCCGUCCGCUUGUCGGCACUCAGCGGGCACCAGGUCAUCUGGGUCGCCACGCACGACUCCAUCGGUCUCGGUGAGGACGGCCCCACGCACCAGCCGAUCGAGACCGCCGUGCACCUGCGCGCGAUCCCGAACCUCGACUUCUGGCGGCCCGCAGACGGGAACGAGACGUCGGCGGCGUACUACUCCGCGCUCACGCGCACGCACACGCCCUCGGUGCUCUCGCUCUCGCGCCAGAACCUGCCGAACCUGGAGGGCUCGACGCUCGAGCGCGGCCUCAAGGGCGGCUACGUCGUGCACGAGACCGAGGGCGAGGACCUCACGAUCGUGUCCUCCGGCAGCGAGGUCUCGAUCGCGCUCGAGGCCGCGCAGAAGCUCAUCGCGGAGGGCGUGAAGACCCGUGUGGUGUCCCUGCCGUGCUGGUCCAUCUUCGACCUCCAGCCGGCGGAGUACAAGCUCAGCGUGCUCCGCAGCGGUGCGCCCAUCCUCGCCGUCGAGGCCCUCUCGACCCUGGGAUGGCAGAAGUACAGCCACGAGGCAUUCGGUCUCACUGGCUGGGGUGCUUCUGGCCCGUACAAGAAGGUCUACGAGAAGUUCGGCCUCACUGGUCCCAACAUCGCGGAGGUCGGCAAGAAGGUCGUCGCCUUCUACAAGAAGAAGGGCGGCGAGGUCAUCUCGCCCCUGGUUAGGGCCAUUGACACGAUCGGGGGAGACCACCUGUGAUCGCGGAUGGGUUUCGAAAGGGCUUUAGCGGAUUAAUGGGUGGUACGAUAGAAUGCAGUAGUCCGGUCGCUUGUACUUCUUCAGCUAUAUAGAAUGAACCAUACGUUCAGCGAUAGAUCGAUGGAAAGAUAUGCAGAAGCAACGACCGGCUCGGCACUUGUCAGUGAGGACCGUAGUUGCAGACUUGAGUCUUGCGGUCCACCGGUGCGCUAUGCCCAUGAUAUAGAAGGCUCCUGAUUGGCUGACGGGAGGGACACGAAGAUUCGGGCAGAGGUCCAGCGUGGCAGAGGACGAGCUGUAUUAGGCGACAAGACUGAUACUCGUCCGCUAUAGUGGUGUACCGCGUAGUGCGGGAUGUCUAUCUCCUCCGCUCGACCGCAAUAGUGUCCCAUUUGACACGCUCGAGGUCCUCCUUCUCUACCUCCUCGACGAGGGGCUUCAAGUAACGGACAUCCUCCUCGGGCUUAAGCCACUGGUCCUUGGGCAGGUUGUCGUGGAGGACGCUGCACUGGGAGGCACGCUUGAAGCGGUAGGCGCGGUCGUACUCCUCGCGGGGGGUCAGGCGCGCCAGAGCCCGCUCGACGUCGGGCCGCUCCUCAACGAGGAGGUCGUCGUACUUCAAGCCGACUUUUCUGUGGCCCGCGACAUUGGCGUACCAGUCCGAGACGGGCUUGAACCACUGGUAAAGGGUCCUGUUCCGGCGGAUGAGGGGGGCGAGCGAGGGACCAAGGGGGCCGACGAUGGUCAUCGUUGUCAGUGUUUAU